CAGCUUUUUGAUCACUUUGCACACAUUUCAUAGCUUCAUCGCUCACUCAUAAACUCUAUCUAAAUAUCAACUAAGGGAGCCCCGAAAAAUGCCCAAGGCAAGCAAGUCCAGCGUCUCUUGCCGGGCAUGGAACCUCCUGCGAAUCGCACUGCUCUGGGCAAGGCUGGGCGGGGCGUUCAAGCAGCAGCUCCGCCUGCUCGUGCCCAAGUUCCUCAAGACCAAUGGCCACGCAGCGUCCCCUCGCAGCCCCAUCUGGUACGGCGAGCGAGAGCUCUCCUUCGAGAAGACCCCAGUUGUCCACGUGAAGAUGCACCGCCCUGGGUCAAUGAGGUUCAUGUUCCCGUGCAUCAACCGUAAAGUCGAUUUGGAUAUGGAGUUCGAUGACGAGGAUUGUGAUGGAGUUUAUAAUGGAUAUGAUACAACGAAGAAGAGCUUAUUCCUAAAAAAUGCGGAUGAGAAAGAGUGCUUUUAUGACGACAAUGGGAGGAUCGAAUGUGAGGAGGAAGAGCGCGGGAUCGACUCAAGAGCGGAGGAGUUCAUAGCCAAAUUCUACGAGCAAAUGAAGCUGCAAAGGCAGAUGUCGUACCUUCAGUACAAUGAGAUGCUGAACCGAAGCGCGAGUUAAAUAGAUAAUCCUCCGGCAUUGAUAACUUUCGUACCCCAUUCCAAUUUCCGUCGAUGAGUUGUUUCCGGGACAGAGUCGCGGACUUUUGUAUACAGCGCGAGAUCUCCAGAGUUGCAUUGAUUCUUUUUUCAGUGCUUUUGUUUUGCAAUUAAAAAAUGCAGUCACACACUGAUACACAACUCAUAAGUUAGUAAGAAGAGAGAGCGAAGAAAAUUUUACCAAGUCAUUGGCACAUUCAGUCAGAGAAUUAGACAGUCACCUGAUUUGGCAGACAUGACUUGGACCAUAGUGACUCCGUUCUGUUCCAACAGUUGAAAUUUAUCAUGCGG